AUGAGCUCUACAGACUCUCAAAACGUCGCUGCGGUUUACAUUAUCGGUCCAUCCUCUACGGGGAAAACCACCCUAUGCAAUGCAUUGGCAGCACGCCUCGGGCUGUCCGAGGCGGUUCACAUUACCGAAGUUGCACGGACGGUGAUGCGGAAGCGCGGUUUUACGCGGGACGACGUAGGGAGACUAGAGAUGCAGAGAGCUAUCAUGGAUGCACAGAUAGAGCAAGACAUGCGUGCUCGCCGUGCUGCCAAUGACCCAGGAGGGCGAGGCAUUGUGCUGAGCGAUAGAUCAGCUGUGGACGCCGUCGUCUACGCUGCGCUCGACGGCGCUGACUCCGACUCGCGGACUUUGAUCUCUUCGCCGAAUUUCCAAGCCGUCUUGCCUCUAUACCGGCGCUCGCUUUUUGUGCUUCUCCAUCCCAUCUCUGAAUGGAUGGUAGAUGAUGGAGUGAGAAGCUUAGAAGAUGGACAAAAAUGCUCGCGUAUUUUCCGAAAUCUUUUGGCAGAACUGGGAAUUCAGUAUUUAGAGCUAGGGGAGAGCUGUCGAUGGAUAGAGGAAAGAGUAACCGUUGUACGAAGAUAUGUAGCAUACUAG